CAGGUGAACUCAGAUCACAGAGGAGCAGAAUGGAUCUCUCAGACGCGCUCGGUGAAUGGCCCGGCAGCGGUGCCAACAACCAAUCAGGAGGCAGCGGCGGCGGCCCUUGGCCCGGACAACCUGCCAAUCCUGCAUGGCCCAGUCAGCCCACUGGUAACCCAACGUGGCCUGGAGGUCCAGCUGGAGGAGGAGGAGCGUGGCCUGGAGGUCCAGCAGGAGGUCCAGCUGGAGGAGGAGGAGCGUGGCCUGGAGGUCCAGCAGGUCCAGCUGGAGGUCCAGCUGGAGGAGGAGGAGCAUGGCCUGGAGGUCCAGCUGGAGGUCCAGCAGGUCCAGGAGGAGCAUGGCCUGGUGGUCCAGCAGGUCCAGCAGGUCCAGCAGGUCCAGGAGGAGCGUGGCCUGGUGGUCCAGCAGGUCCAGCUGGUCCAGCAGGUCCAGGAGGAGCGUGGCCUGGUGGUCCAGCAGGUCCAGCAGGUCCAGCAGGUCCAGGAGGAGCGUGGCCUGGUGGUCCAGCAGGUCCAGCUGGUCCAGCAGGUCCAGGAGGAGCGUGGCCUGGUGGUCCAGCAGGAGGUGGAGGACCUGGAACUGCCCCCCAACAGAGUGUGGCGGUGCCAUUCAGCCAGAAUCUGCCCAAUGGAGUUUACGACAAACUGCUGAUCACCAUCAACGGAGUCAUCAAACCCAACCCUAACAAGAUCACGGUGGAUCUGUCGACGUCACAGGAUCUGGCGUUCCACUUCAACCCUCGCUUCAACGAGGACGGCAGGAAGGUGAUCGUCAGGAACAGCUGCAUCGGCAAGAAGUGGGGCAAGGAGGAGCGCGAGCUGCAGAACUUCCCCUUCGUCCCGGGACAGCCGUUCGAGAUGAAGAUCAUGUGCACCAGCAGAGAGUUCAAGGUGGCCGUCAACAACUCUCACCUGCUGGAGUACAAACACCGGAUCACCGACCUGAGAUCCAUCAAGAGACUCAACAUCUACAACGACCUCAGCCUCUCCAGGGUCAACAUGGAGACUCUGCCCUGAGGGGAUCUACCAGAUCCUCCUGGGAUCGACUGGAUCCACCAGAGAUCUACUGGGGAUCUACUGCAGAUCAUUCUCAGUAGAUCCACAGAACAUGCCACCAUAGGUAAACUGGAGGUUGUAAGUGGAUCCUCUGUAGAUCUACAGAAGAUUAUAAUAAGUUCUAAAGUAGAUCUACAAAACAUUGUUGGUAGGUUCACAAUAGAUUACCUUAAGAUCUACUGGUGAUCUACUGGUGAUCUAAUGGUGAUCUAAUGGUGAUCUACUGGUGAUCUACUGGUGAUCUAAUGGUGAUCUAAUGGUGAUCUACUGGUGAUCUACUGGUGAUCUAAUGGUGAUCUAAUUGUGAUCUACUGGUGAUCUAAUGGUGAUCCAGAUAAGAUAAAUCUAAUUUUUACUUUGACACAUAAAUCAUUAACAGUAGAUCCUCGCAGUAGAUCCUUGCAGUAGAUCCUCUUGUGCUGGUUUUGCAGUUUGUAAUCCUGUGAUUUAUAUAA